GACAGGAAGCACUGCAAGGUUCAACAGGUGUGUGGGUGUUACGUCACAGACUCAUGUUCAUUCAGUUUGAGAGUUCACACAUUUCUGGUUAUUUACAUGUUGUUUCCUGAGAGUUUGAAUCUGAGUCACACACACAAGCAGCAGCAGUGGUUCAGUUUGAUACAACCACAGAUCGAGAUCUGAUUCAGGGUCUGUUCAAAGGUUAAAACAGCACAGAGAGACGAGGAGAGCGACAGAGUCCAACAGGGGGCGCUGUCCUGCAGAACACAUUCUACUGUCGAAGUGUUUCUAUCAUCACAGUUUAUCCAGAGGCUUGAAGGUCAGAGGUCAGUGUGUCCAGUGACACUGAAGAAUGUGUUUAUGACUAAUCAUUAUGAAACUAAACAACAGCACGUAGGAAAAAUAAAUAUCUGCACAAUAACUAUUGUUAAUAUCCUGUGUCUGUGCACUCUCUCUUUCUCUAACUCCCUCCCUCUGGUGUAUGGCGCCCCCUGCUGGUGACCAUCUGGAGGAGUGAGUGGAACCUCAGACGGUCUCGGAUAUUUUACGGGUGUUUUGUUGGGCGACCUGAUAAUUGAAUGUGUUGCGCUGCAGGUUGCUGGUUCAACUCUGCACCUGAUUCCACUUCUCUCCUUGCAAACGACCUUUAUAGGUUCUAAUAGUUUUAUUCAUUUUCUUUCAUCUACAACACAAACAAUCGUUCCCUGAACAAUGACACAAUCCUUCUUGAAUAGAUUCCACUUCUACAUCAUGAGACCAGUGACCAGUGAAUCACACACACACACACACACACACACACACACACACACGCUUUCUUCUAGGUGGCUAUGAAGGGAGAAGAUGUUGGAGGACCAACAUGAGGAAGCUCUUGUUUCCUCUCUCAACAAAUCCUCCGUAGUCUUUCAGAAAUAUGUGGUUUAGUGUUGUUGCUUCUGUCUCUCUCUCUCUCUCUCUCUCUCUCUCUCUCUCUCUCUCUCUCUCUCUCUCUCUCUCUGUUUAUCCAUACAGAGUUUAUUAUCAAUAAGAAAGUUAUAUUACAGAGAACUGUCCUCCCUGUAUGAACUGUAUGAAUGGGUUUGAAUUCGCGCAUGCGCUGUGGCCGAUCUCUCUCUCUCUCCCUCCCUCUCUCGUUACACACUCUCUCUCUCUCUGGGAAAAACCCGAGCAGGAGCGAGCAGCCGACGGGGGGAGGAGGAGGUAGGAAACCUUCUUCUUCUUCUUCUUCUUGGAUCCAGGACAUCGAGAAGGAGCAGGACUGUCGGAACCCUCGCACCCCCCGCCCCCCCGGUGCGCAGCGGCACUCGAUGUGUCUCAGGAGGCGCAGCGGAUUCCGUCCUCCGGAGCGGAUUCAUGUCCAGAUUGAGCUCGAUGGAAUCUAAAGCUCUUAGAUCCAGAAGGAGUUUGUUCCUCGGUUCAGUCGUCUGCCGCUGAUCCAGCACUGACCCGUCUCUGUACACAGGUCCGAUCCCGGCCGAGCGAGGGGGGGAGCUGGCCAUGGGGGGAGGUCGCAGCGAAACCACGGAACUGAACAGGAGUGGAGGGGGGCGGGACAUUACCCAGAAUUCCCAGGGACCCAACGCCUGCUGCUUCUGCUGGUGCUGCUGUUGCAGCUGCUCAUGGAAUGAAGAGGAGAGACGGAGGCGGCAGAGGAGGAAGAGAAUCUCACAGGACACCAAGAUGGAGACGAUACCGAACUGUGAACCUUGCACCAAAGCGUCGGAGGACGAGGUCCGGCUCUGGUCUCAGUCCUUUGACAAGCUGAUGAGGAACCCUGCGGGACGGAACGUCUUCAGAGAGUUCCUGCGGACGGAGUACAGCGAGGAGAACAUGCUGUUCUGGCUGGCCUGUGAAGACCUCAAACAGGAAGUCAACAAGAGCUCCGUGGAGGAGAAAGCCCGGUCCGUCUAUGAAGACUAUAUUUCCAUCCUGUCACCCAAAGAGGUGAGCCUGGACGCCCGGGUUCGAGAGGUGAUCAACAGGAAGAUGCAGGAGCCGACCCCUCAGGCCUUCGAAGACGCUCAGCUGCAGAUCUACACGCUGAUGCACAGGGACUCGUACCCACGGUUCCUCUCCUCCAACAUCUACAAGUCUCUGAUUCACGGCAGCUCACGCACCUCGUCUGAGUCCUAGUCCCUCCCGGCGUCUGGAGUCGGCUCCUCCACGUCCAAAACUUUACAGAAACCAUCAGACUCCUCAGUUCACGUUCCUCGAGUCCCAGAUCCGUCCAGCUGCUGCUGAGACCUUGGUCUCUUUUCAGUUCCUCUCACUCGUAGACACCAGGAAGAUCUCAUCUCCUCUCCUGACUCCUCUCCUGACUCCUCUCCUCUAUAGGUCAUCUAUCGCCUCUUGACUUUCAUCUCUGGUUCUUUUCUUUCAGCCGCGUCUCUUCUCUUCUCCAGUCUUGUGUCAGAUAUAAAAUUAUGAACAUACUAUUGAGGCUGUUCAUAAAAUCAUAAAAUAUAUAAACACGUGGUAUAAAUCAACAUUGUACUACUCUCUAAAGGAUCAUAUUAUUAUGAAGAGAGAAAAUAGAUGGACAUGAAAAAAACAUUUUGACAAAAAUCUUAAUGAAGCUUUGAACCUGGUGAGGUUGAAAAGAGGGAACCAUGUGAUCAAAGUGCACUUCCUGUCUUUCCUGAUCACCUCUCACAGCAGGUGUCCCUCAGGUUGAGGGUUUGGAACAAACAAGUUAAACAACCGAUCAAUGAACCAACUGUUGAUCAGCUUCAGUUCAUAUGUUUCAGUCAGUUCAUUCAUUUGCUGCUUCAGUUUUCUUUUCAUCUGCAAAACUGUUUUUAUUAUGUGAACCCAUCUGACCUCUUAUUCUCAUUAUGAAAUCAGUUUUUCUUGUUUUCUUUUCCUCCUCUUCUCUCCAUCCUCCUUCCUCCUGGUGUUCUCCUCCACGUCUCCUCCGGAGCAGAGAAGGAACUGAUCUCCUCCUUUGGGAUGAGAUCUCUCUGCUGUAAUGUGAAGAUGUUGGUUUAUUUAUUUCCCUGGGAGUUCGUGGCUCUGCUCCUCAGGACGUCAGGUUCCUCCUCUUCACUUCAGGACGUGAGCAGAAGAACAAGAUGGAUCCUUUCCUCUUUCAACUGGAAAACACCAGCAGCAAACUACAACCAUCGUGGUUUCUUCUUCUAGUCGUUCCUCCUCUCGCUCCUGUGGUGAACUAACGAGGGGAGGAGCUCACUUCCCCCCCGACUGCUGAUUUACAAACAAACAAGAAACAUAUUUUUUAAGAGAAAAUUCUUAACGGGACAUUUUUAUUAUGUUGAGAUUAUUUCCAUUUAUCUCCAGGAGGAGGAUUCUGAGGCUGAUCACUGUCCUCAGUGACACCACACACACAAACACACACACACACACACUGCAAUAAAACACUGGAGUUUUUAAAACAACACAUGCACACAUUUACAACAUUUGUGUUACCAUACUUCCUGGAAACUUAUGAAUUGAAUUUCUUCAAUUCGACCACUGACUCAUUUAACUGGAAACAGGUUUCCCUCAGAUUCAUUGUUUCCUCAUUCAUGAUAAUUGAAGAGUUAUAAAGACCAUAAUUUACAGUGUGUUCCUGGUCAAAGCGGCACGUCUCAUUAUUCAACAUGUUUGAGCAGAACACCCUUUAAAUCUUAAUAUCAUUCAGGUCAUUUCCUGGUUUUAUUUUGGAACUUUUCAGAGAUUUGAUGUAACUGGGCUGAAGAUAUAAAUAUACUUAUAUAUAAAAGAAUAGGUAUUAGUUGACUUCACAUUUUAUUGGCAAAUUUAGUUGUAGCUUUAAAUCCCACUGUCCAUUUUUAAAGAUUUAAUGUAAAACUGCAGACGUCUUCAUCAACUUUACAAAAACAAGCAACAGAAAGUAAAGUUUAAUUUCCCUCCAGCUACAAACACAAGGUCAAUGUCUGUGUGGUUAUAAUAUAAUAAGAAAUAACUUGUGUUAAUAAGUCUGUUAAACUGAGUUGUCCUGAUAAGUAUAGUAAUACAAACACACACUGCUGCUGCUGACCUCUGCCUCUGUGACCUCUCACCUUUGACCUCACCACUGUCUGUCACACUCACAGAUGCCUGCUCCUGAUUGGCUACAGGAGCCGGGGGCUGAUGUGUGGUUCGUCGAUUCAGGAAUUUGGGGGGGGGGGGGGAAUCAAGGUGAAAUUAAAUAUAUCAAUGACUCAUAAAAUAUCUAUAUAUAGAAAAUAAUAUACCUAUCAUUUGAGAUGUGAUGCCCACACCCAGUGCUUCAUGGGAAAUGUAGUUUGAGGAAAACAAAUGUUUGUUGUCUGUGGAGACAAAGACUUCUUCAGAGCUGUCACUCAGAAUGCAUUCAAGUAUUGUUCAUGUUAUUUAUUUUACAUUUUGUUUAAACAGUGAUUUGAAUUGUACAUAUAUAAUAUAAACCUUGAAGGUCCAGUGAGAAGCUUCGUUUGUUUCUUUAAUAUGGAUUCAUCAGCAGUAUUUAAAUGAAACGUGUUUAACGUCUCAAACAUUCACACAUCGACCCCCACAGCCGUUUCAGAGAUGACCACGUGCACGUGAUCGCCCCCUGGUGGCUGCUUAUGGUGUGUCGGUGUGUUUGCAAACUGCUCCACUUGAAAUGAGAAAAGACUUCAGCUUUUUUAGAGGGUUUACAAAGUUUUAAAAGAGUUAGACUGUUCUGUAAAUAAACUGAGAACCAUGUGUCAGAACCCAGGAAUAAAACAUAAGAAUAAAACAUC